UGUGUGACAGGUAAAUGUGGCCACGUUUGGUUUUUAUUUACCCGGCAGCGUGCGCGCCGCGCUGAUGGAGAGGGCUCAGAGGCUUACAAAGUGGUAUAUCCUGAUGCACAAGCGUCGCGAUGAGAACAGGGGGGGCGGUGUUGAGUUGAGCGCAGUGAAAACACCCAUGCAAAGCAAGGCAGUGGUAGAAUAAAAAGGAAGCUGAAAGCGCGGUUUGUGUUGUUUGAUUUGGACAACUUUCUCCUAUGGUAAAUGCGCUCGAAUCUCUGCGCUCUUUCAGCCGUUAACAGGCACCAAAUAUAUGCCACUCUAAAAGUGUCAGAACAGUGCUUUUCUCCCCCUCUGAAUGGGGGCGACACGUGGAAAAGCUGCUUCUCAGUGAGAGGUUUGCUCCUCAGCCAGAUACAUUGCACUAUCACACAGUCACUCUUUUUUUCUUCUUCUUUCUCCCCCUCUCCAAGCCCGAUCCGUUUCUCCUCAGGGGCAAUGACUGCCUCCAUUAAUGAUUCACGGGCUCAAAUAAAAGGGGAUUUAAGUUGACGUUGCGUCACGUGAGCAGGGCGCAUAAUACCGCGCGGUGUUAUGGCACUGGGAGGAAAACCGGAGCCCCGGUCUGGCCAUAUGAUGCAGAUUAUAUGCUGGUUACCCCUACUUUACGGGAGGGGAGUCCUGGCUUUGUAGUUUUUUUUUUUUUAUAUAUAUCCAGAAAAAGAAAGUCGUUUCAAGCCGAGGAGGAGAGGAUCCCCGGGUUUUGUGGAUGUAUUCUGUUGUCACGGACGGAUAUGUGUUUUUUUUUUCAACGCGGACGAAGUCAGAGCCCGAGCUUUGGGAGGAUGGAUUUUAUUUUGAGAAAUCCGGCCGAGUAACUUCCGGCGCAGUCUCGGAAACACCCUGAGCUGCCUUCGGUUCACCCGAGGAGGCCAUUGGCGGAGAGGCGUCACGUGACCACGGGGUGCCAAUGUUAUUCUACGAGGGUGUCAAGACCCUGUCAGUUUCUGAAAUAAAUAUUGGGAAACGGCGAGAUGCAAAAGGCGACCUACUACGACAGCUCCGCAAUUUACAGUGGCUACCCGUAUCAAAGCGCAAAUGGCUUCGGUUAUGAUGCCAAUCAGGUCCAAUAUCCCAGGGCCUCUCAUGUGGAAAGCGAGUAUCAUCGACCCGCCUGCUCCCUGCAGUCUCCAGGCGGCGGCGGCUCCGUGGCUUUGCAGAAGCCGGGGGAAAUUGUGGCUGAGGGCUGCGACAGAGCCAUUCAGGCGGUGCAGGCCAAGGUUCUCCCCGAAAGCAAUCAUCAAGCUCCGGUGUCAGGCCCACCGCCUCCCUCCUCUCAGUCCCCCGGUGGAGUCAGCCAAGACGCGAGCAACGGGUCCGGCCAGCCCGGUGCACCCAAGAAUGGCUCCCCGACCUCUGGUACCCGCAACAAACAGAUCUUCCCCUGGAUGAAAGAGUCCCGUCAGAACACCAAGCAGAAACCCGCCAGUAGCUCCAGUUCAGUGGAGAGUUGCCCCGGAGACAAGAGUCCUCCAGGGUCAGCAGCAUCAAAGAGGGCCCGGACAGCUUACACCAGCGCGCAGCUCGUGGAGCUGGAGAAGGAGUUCCACUUCAACCGGUACCUGUGCAGGCCCAGGAGAGUGGAAAUGGCCAACCUGCUCAACCUCACGGAGAGACAGAUCAAAAUCUGGUUCCAGAACCGACGGAUGAAGUACAAAAAAGAUCAGAAGGGUGUCGGGAUGUUGCCGUCUCCUGGCGGACAGUCUCCUCGGAGCCCAGUAGGCCCUCCAUCCGGUGGGGGCGGCAGUGGAGGGAGCGGAUACCUCAACUCUAUGCAUUCUCUUGUUAACAGUGUACAAUACGAGUCCCAGUCUCCAACCUCUUACAAUAAAACUCAUCAAAAUGCGUACGGUAUGCCUACGUCAUACCCCCCUCCUCUGAGCAACUCCCUCAACAGCUGCCCACCCCCCCAGAAGAGGUACCCCGGGACGGACUCGGCCACUCCCGAGUACGACGGGCACCACCGUCUGCACGGCAACGGCAACUACGGCACACACAUGCAGGGCAGCCCCGUCUACGUUGGCGGAGGCUACAUCGACUCUGUGCCCAGCUCCGGGGCCUCGGUUUUCGGCCUCACCCACCUCCCACACCCGCCGCCUCCGUCCGCGAGCAUGGAGUACAACGGGGCGAUCACAAUGGGCAACAGCGGCGGCCAGCAUCACGGAGUGUGUGAUGCGACGCCGACGUACACAGACUUAACGCCGCACUAUUCUCAGGGAAGAAUCCAGGAAGCGCCCAAACUGACGCAUCUGUAGCAUGCGGCGCAAGCCUGGAUCACUCCGCCCCAUUGUCUCACCCUCGUCCAGACAUAUCCCCCUGCUUUGUUUCUGCGCCUCCUCACGGCUCCCACCUUCUCCUUCUGCCUUUUUUUGUUUGUUUGUGUUCUCUAUAGUUUGAUGUGUGAAGUAGCGUAGGAUAAAUAAUCACGACUUCCUCCAUUUGCUUGUGCCAUUGUCUCACAAAGACCGUUAUUUACUAUAGAGUGUCUAUAGCGCGGAGGGGGGGAAGAAGAGCAACAGCAUAGCAUAUGCAUAGGCUUAUUUAAUCUUUUCCUUUUUUGAAACGUCUUUUUAAAAUCUCAAACAGGGUAUUAUGAACACAUGUUAUUCAUUUUCAAUGUGAAGCUGUCCGUCCUUAUUUAUCCGCAAUUGAAGAAUUAUGGUUAGUUUUUUUGCAUUCUGUUGCACUUGUGUACAAAGGAAAACGUUAAAAGCCAGGAACUGGGAAUAUGAGGAGAUUGCAUUUAAAAAAAAAAAAACAAAGAGUCAUGAGCUUGCACAGCCUCCCUUUUUGCUUCUGGUUUGUUCCAUUGGUCUUUUUAAAUGUUAUUUAUUUAGACUCCAAUAGUAUUAUUUGACACCCCUCCAUCUUUGUCUGCAUGAGGAGAAGGCUGGUGGAAAAUUAGCGCCAUUUUCGGCUCAUACAUGGAGCCAUGUCACUAGAUUGCAGGCUAAAUGUUUUCAAUAUGUCUCUUUCUUAGUAUUAUUAUUAUUAUUAUUAUUAUUCGAGGAGAUGUUUUUGUCAGCGAAUGAAAAAGAAAUCAAUCAGCCAUGCAAUAAGGGUGCAAAGAAGGACACACGUUUGCAGUUUCUUUAUUGAAUAAAAGACAAAACUCAUCAUCAUUUUUUUUCUUCUUCCCAAUGUCAAACAUUCCAUGCUGCUCCAGUUCGAUGAAAUAAAUAAAAGAAUUGAAGUGAAAAGCAGAUCCAUCAGUUUUAAUUUUGAAAUUCGCAAGCAGUUAUACAUUUACAAUAUCAAAUAACCCUAUUUGUAAUUUAAACAAAAAAUAAAUAAUAAUAAUAAGGGGUUAUCAGCUUUGGUAUGAAAUAUAAAAGUGAAAUAGCAUCUUAAACCCCUUCUGAAAAUAAAAUAAAGUUAAGGACUAAAUUUAAUCAAAUAGUAAAACAAAUUAAAAAU